AUGGUCAAUGAUUCUGGGUUCAUCACAGAGGUUCACCAUGUAAAUGGAGAAGGAGAAGAUGGUGGUGUGGUUUACUGUGAGAUGCAAGCCAUUGAGACAAAAGGAGAGAACUUGGUUGAACGCGAAUUUUUGCGUGCCAUGUAUCCCGAGAAUUGUGGUUACCGCUAUGAGACAGGUGGAGUUAUGAAGAACUUGCGAGAGAGUACUAGCAAUGUGAAGGUAAUUCAUGAGUUCCAUAAGAAGUUCUACCAACCUGAGAAUACCUGGGUCAUCAUCACUGGCAUGGUCCCUGAUGAGAAACUUCUCAAUGCUCUCUCAGAAGUAGAGGACAAUAUCCUAGCAAAAAUAACAAGUAAUCCUCUUCCUCAGGGACAGAGAGGCUCAUACAUACGUCCAUGGAUGACUCCUGUGCCUCCUCUCACAUCAUCUGUGGAGAUUGAUGUUUACUUUCCUUGCAAUCAAGAAGAUAAUGGCAUGGUGCAAGUGGGCUGGAGGGGCCCAUCGGCCAUGAAUGAUCAGUACAAGUUGUCAGCCCUGGGAGUUCUCUUUGAAUAUUUGACAGACAAUGAGAUCAGUCCUCUUUAUCACCAGUUCUGUGAAGUGGAGGAACCCCUUGCUAGCUGUGUAUCUUUCACCAUUUAUGAGAAUUUGACUUCAGCUGUGGCGGUCACCCUGGAAAACAUUCCUAUUGCUUCCAUUGCUGAUGUGAAGGAACCUUUUUUUGACACUUUGAAGAAGGUUCAUAGCCAAGAAAUCCCAUUCAGUGAGACUCGCAUCCAAACGCUGCUUCAUCAGAAGAAGAUACGAAUCCUUGCUGACCUGGAACAGAGGGCAUUGGAUAUCAUAGCAGAAGACAUCAUUAGUUUUCAACUCUAUGGCAACUCUGCAAGUGAUCUGAACUUCCGCCUGAAUUUACACCAUUACCUGGAGCAGAUGAAAUCUGAGCCUGUCUCAUUCUGGCUGGACUUGCUGAAGGAGGUCACUCUGGAUCAGCCUUAUGUAUUCAUCGCAGGAAAACCCUCUGUGAAAAAAAAGGAGGAUUUGACUGCUAUGGAGAAGGAGCGAAUACGGCUUCAACAAGAGAACCUCGGUCCUGAAGGCUUAGCUGAGAGAAAGAGGGACUUGGAAAGGGCCAUGGAAGCAAAUGAGGUGCAACCAUCAAAGGAACUCCUCCAGAGUCUGCCAGUGCCUGAUUUGGAAAGCAUCAAAUUUCUCUCCCUUGAAACAUUCUCUAACAUUGGUCCACAAGCAAGAACAUCAGCACCCUCUUGGCAGUUGUCUGCUUUCCCUUUGAAAAUCACUGUUGAUCAUGUGAAGUCCAACUUUAUCUGGGUGCAACUAUUUGUGGAUAUCUCAAAGCUGAGCAAGACAAUCCGAGCUUACCUGCCUUUGUAUAUGUCGGCUAUCUUUACAUGCCCUGUGAGUAGAGAUGGUGGGAAGACAAUCAUUCCUCAUGGAACUCUUGUGGCUGAUUUGGAGGCCCAUACUGUGGAGCACAGUGGCUCUGUAGGACUCUCUGGUUCAACAUUCUCUCCAGGGAACUUCUCAUCUUAUGUGCAUCUUUCUUUCAAGGUGGAAAAAGAAAAGUAUGAGAAGUGUGUGGAGCUCCUGACUGAUGUCUUUCUCAACUCAGUCUUGGCUCAAGACAGACUCCUUAUCUUGGCCAAGAAGAUGCUCAACUUGAUUGCACAAGCAAAGAGGCACAGGAGUUACCUUAUUAAUGCCCUCUCCAAUCAUUUGAUCUUUUCUCCUGAUAGCAACUAUCAUGUGAUGGGAGCCAUUCGACAAGAGGGUUUCCUUAAGGCAUUGGUCAAGAUCCUGAAAACAAAGAAUGGCAAACCAUUGAAGGACCUUGAGCAACUUCAGAAGAGUCUUUGGGACCCUGAUCGACUGAUCCUUCGAGUUGCAGCUGAUGUUGAAUGCUUGGCAAAGGCAGUUGAUCCUCAAAAACCAUGGCGUGAAAUUUUCCUCCCCUCAUUGAACAACAAAAAUCCUCUUCCUCUGCCUCCUCCUGCCUUCUUUCCCAAACCAUCCUUUGUUCUGGAGAAAGAAUUGGUGGCAUCAGCCAGUGAUAUGAAGAUUCUGAGUUCUGUACUGGGCCUUGGCUCCCUGGAGAGCAUGUCUCUGUUGCAAAGUGCACCAUGUGCUCUGACUUAUGACCAUGAGGAUUAUCCAGCCCUUCUACUCUUCCUCCAGUACCUCACACAAUGUGAGAGUUCUGUGUUGGGUGUGGGAAAGCGAUGCGAUGUGGGAGUAUUUGGUGAGUAA